AUGUGGGAUCCCAGAACAAACAUAACAAAGAUAAAAAAGUUAGGGUGUUUUUUUUGCUUAAGAACUUCACGAUCUCAAUCCAACUCCGCCACUAAGAUCCAGUCCGCAUACCGGGCCCACGCGAUCCGCACCCUGUACAAAAAGAUCUCAGCCGUCAGCUUCGAAGCUGAUCACCUCCAACGCUUAAUCCAACGGCAGGAAACGGUGGACGCAAUCCGCAGCAACGAGCGGGAGAAGCUGAGGAUGAACGAGGCCCUGAUGGGUCUGCUACUGAAGCUGGACUCGGUGCCCGGAGUUAAUCCGACAGUGAGGGAGGCGAGGAGGAAGGUGAGCCGUCGGAUCGUGGCGUUGCAGGAAAUACUCGACGCUGUUUCGGAGGCAAAGACGGUUUACGACGACGACUGUUACGAAUACGGGUUUGUGAGGAGCUGGGACGACGUCGUUGCGAAGAUGGAGGAAGAGGUUUGUAGAGAAAGAGGAGGUGAUGAGAUGGAGAGGUUUUGUGCUGAGCAUUUGGGGUUUCGUUGCUUGCAGAGAUUUCUCAGUGGGCCCUGAUCUUCUAUGCUCCGAAGGAUCCAGAUGCACAAAAGUAUGGACAAGAGAAUAGCAAUACUGUUGGUUUGUGUUUUGUU